GAAUCAGAUUUAUUGAAAAGUUACUAAUUUAUUGAAAAGUUGACUUUCAGAUUCCUCAGAUCAGGUGCCAUGUUUGUACGUAAUAAUCUGUCAUCAAGAAGACCAGUUCGAUUUUAACGAGCCUUUUAUUAGCCUAAUAAGUAUGGCGUCGGCUGGCUCGGCCUUCAGGGUCCACGCGGUCCGCCUGGGGCCGGGACAGGAGCUGCUGGGCUCCCUGCAGGCGUUUGUGGAGGAGCGGAACCUCAGAGCGCCGUUUAUUGUCACCUGUGUGGGCAGUGUAACCAAGGCAACGCUCCGACUGGCACACACCACGGCUGGGAAUACCAAUGAGGUGAUUCAUCUAGAUGAGCACUUUGAGAUCGUGUCCCUGGUGGGCACGCUGAACAAGGAUGCUCACCUCCACAUCUGCCUGGCGGACAAGGAGGGGAAGACGGUGGGGGGGCACGUAAUGGGGGGCCUGGAGGUGUUUACCACGGCUGAGGUGGUCAUCGGCGAAGCCACAGAGUUGCUGUUUGAGAGACAUAUGGACCACAGCACAGGCUUCCAUGAGCUGGUCAUUCAAUCCCGCUCCAAAAAGGACUAAUAGAAGUCCAAAUUUGGAGUAAGCCUUUGAGCUUUAUACUAAACUAACAUUUCAAUACGGAUGUAUUGUGAAGUUUAGGAGAAUAUGCCGGGUUUAAUUACAGUGGGUCUGCCGAGGUACUGGUGUAGUGAUAAAGGAUUUGCUGUCUUGUUUAAUUUUUUUAUUUUUUUACAUGCAAUCAGAUCUUCAACCAAAACAAUAUUAAAUAAAGGAAACUUGUGGGAACAUUUGUAGACUUGUGUUAUUUAAUGAAAAUGCAAGACCCAAUGAUCUGCUGUGUUGAAAGGUAAUGGGCCUGUUUCUGUAUGCUCAAUGACACAUCAAUGCAAGCCAACCAGAGGUCACUUGGAUGGACAAUUUGGGGAAUUACACCUGGGAUCUUUAGUGACCAGAGAGUCAGGACACCCGUUUAACAUCCCACAAAGAUGCUCCCCUAGACAGGACAGUGUCCCCCUUUACUGUCCAACACCACUUCCAGGCGCGUCUGUUCUCCUAUCCAGGGGCAGACCAGGACCGACCCUGACUGGCUCUGGGCUGACCGUCUGUGGGAUGCAGUGUGCUAAGCUGCUUGGUUUCACACAGAACUGCUGUAAAUCACUGAUAUCUGUGGGUUUUCCUAUGCCAAUAUCACAGUUAGGCUCAGGUCGGUGCCUUGACUAGGCCAUUUCAACUUUCCAACCCCUCUGGUGUAGAUUUGCUUGCUCCACUCACAGAUGGCUUGAAUCCUCUGGAAUUCUUUGAUAUAGAGCAGAAUUCAUGGUUCCUUUAAUGAGGAAGUAGUCAAAGU